AUGUCUCCUUUGGAGGAUUUUGUUUUCUUCCUCUUCUCCAGUCCUACCACUCUGUUGGGGGCUGUUGCUGUCCUGCUUGUCCUCUGUCUUGUCUCCAGUAGUUUCACCUCCCAGGAAACAGGGAAAGAGCCUCCAGGACCGAGGUCUCUGCCACUGCUUGGCAACCUGUUGCAGCUGGAUCUCAAGAGACCCUACAAAACCCUGUGUGAGCUUUCAAAAAAAUAUGGAUCUGUAUUUACAGUUUACUUAGGAACCAAGAAAGUGGUGGUGUUGGCUGGAUACAAGACAGUCAAAGAGGCUCUGGUCAGCUACGCAGAAGAGUUUGGAGACCGAGACAUCUCCCCCAUUCUUUAUGAUGCCAAUCAAGGUCAUGGAAUUCUGUUUGCAAAUGGAGAAUCCUGGAAAGAGAUGAGACGUUUUGCUCUCUCCACCCUGAGAGACUUUGGGAUGGGCAAAAGAGUUGCUGAGGAUAAAAUCUUAGAGGAAUGCUGCCAUCUGAUUCAAAUGUUUGACGAGCAUAAAGGGAAACCAUUUGAUACAACAUGUCCAGUGAAUUAUGCAACAUCCAAUAUUAUCUCCUCUAUCGUGUAUGGAAGCAGAUUUGAAUACAGUGACCCUCGAUUCAAAAACUUGGUGAGACGAGCCAACGAGACUAUACGCAUUACUGGUUCUGUACCAAUCCAGCUUUACAACAUGUUUCCCUGGCUGCUCAGUUGGAUAAAAAACCGGCAUCUGAUAUUAAAAAAUGUUGAGAUGACUGUCAGAGAUGUCAAAGAUUUAAUCAAGCAUCUGAAAGCGACACUGAACCCUCACAUAUGCAGGGGACUGGUGGACUGUUUUCUGAUUCGGAAGAAGAAAGAGGAGGACUCACACAUUAUAGACACUCACUACCAUGAGAAGAACUUGAUAUUUACAGUGACAAACCUGUUUGCUGCUGGUACUGACACCACAGCAACUACACUGAGAUGGGGUUUGCUGUUUAUGGCCAAAUAUCCACAAAUACAAGACAAGGUCCAGGACGAGUUGAGCAGGGUGGUUGGAAGCCGCCAGAUCCGAGUAGAUGACCGAAAAAACCUGCCGUACACUGAUGCCGUCAUUCAUGAGACACAGAGACUUGCCAGCAUUGUCCCCACAUCAAUUCCUCACAUAACCAGCCGAGACGUCACUUUCCAGGGUUACUUCAUCAAAGAGGGGACUAUUGUGUUUCCUCUGCUUUUUUCUGUCCUGUAUGAUGAGAGUCAAUGGGAGAGCCCACACACUUUCGACCCUUCCCACUUCCUGGAUAAGGAGGGUAAAUUUAUCAGGAGAGAUGCCUUCAUGGUCUUUUCUGCAGGUCGCAGAGUUUGUCUUGGAGAGAGUCUGGCCAAGAUGGAGCUCUUCCUUUUCUUCACCACCCUCCUCCAGCGCUUUCGUUUCAGUCCUCCACCUGCAGUGACAGAGGAUGACCUUGAUCUGACUCCUGCAGUGGGCUUCAUCCUCAGUCCUUCACCUCAUGAGCUGUGUGCUGUCAGUCGACAAUGAGGCGGUUUCAUCACUGCCUGUGGCAAUGGCUUGAUUAUUGUUUUUCUCAUCCUCAUACAGGCAGUAACUUCAUUACUUGCAUGUUCACCACCUUGAUUUAUGUGCUGAGUAGCCCCAUCCUCAAGACCAGGAUCAGUGAACAUUGGCCACAUACCAUCAAGAGACAGAUCAUGAGAUGGUUUAUAUCAGCCAUUUAAGACAGCCAGUUACCUGUGACGGUAUCAAAGAAUGCCCAGAAGUGUCUUUAUUUAUUCAUUUUGAUUUAAAUACAGUAGUCUAAACAGCUUGUUGGAAUUUGGGUGUAUAUGCACUUUUUUAUUAUAGUAUUGCAGUAGGCUUUAUUCCUGCUUUUCUGCCACUGUCAAUCAAUUUUACUGUAAUUAGUUUGAUUUGUUAUAUAGGCUACUAUAUAUUUAUCAUUUAUAUUGCAGCAAAUGGCAGAAAUCAUGUAAUUUACUGUAAAUAAACUAAAACUGCAUGUUCAGAUUCACAAACAUCCAAAAUUACAAUAAAAGUAAGCGACAUUUAUAUUCCGAAACCAGGCAUUUUACUGUUGUCCCUGCUGUUUUCUCUCUGUAAAAAUCUUGACAUACUAUUGUUUUCAGGGUUUUUUGGUGGAUACAUAAAGAAAAAGUAUAUUUAACAUGGAAGUAUAGCAAUAAAGAGGGACUUUGGCACUAAAA